AUGGUGGGACAGAUAAAACAACAUUACACAACCUAUGGAUUUAACUCUUAUUCAAAGAAUUUUUGUAGAGCAUGCUUGACCUGUGCUAAGCACAAUUCUCAGGGAAACUUACGACCUAGAAGAGGGCAUUUCCCUUCACCACAGUAUCCGUUUCAAGCAAUACAUUGUCUGGUCAUAAUAGAUGCCUUCUCUAAAUGGGUAGAGCUGUUUCCAACCAAACACCCAGACGCAGUAACAGUGGCAAAAGCGUUAUGUAAAGACAUAAUACCCCGUUAUGGCAUUCCGGAAAAACUUUAUAGUGAUAAUGGAGCACAUUUUGUAAACCAAUUGAUCAAAAAGAUAGGAAUAAUGUUUCACAUUAAUCUAAAAAACCAUUGCGCAUAUCACCCUCAAAGUGCAGGAUUAGUGGAACGAAUGAAUGGCACUAUAAAAAACCGUUUAAAGAAAUGUAUUGAAGAAACAAGGAGACUUUGGACUCAGUGCAUAGAUUUAGUGAAAAUGUACAUCAACAUUACAGCAACUUCAGGUUUAACUCCAUAUAAAAUGUUGUUUGGUAGACCAUACAGGCUGCCACAGUUUAAAAAUCAAUGGGAGCUGAGUGAAGAAACCAACCUAGCAGACUAUAUGAGAAAAAUGUUAGAAAAACAAAAAGGAAAACAAGCUGAUGAAAAUCCUUCUGUUUCUCAACAGGAGAUCCAAUUAGUGGGACCAGGCGAUUGGGUGCUGAUACGAAGCAUUAAAAGAAAACAUUGGCACUCUCCCAAGUGGGAAGGGCCUUACCAAGUAUUGUUAAACACUCCCACAGCCAUAAAAAUAGCUGAAAGAUCCACGUGGGUACAUCUUACUCAUUGCAAAAAGGUCAUCUCCUCCGACAGUUCCGCAGAGAAAAGUGACUCACAGUAUGAUAAUAGAGUGGACUCAGGUGUGUAGAACCUGAGUAGACUCGAAAGUCAGUGAAGUAUUUCCAAGACACCAGACUCAUUAGAGGACACUCUCGGGGAAGAUGGCGACUAGAUGGAUAAGCGAUGCCAUUAGGUGCUGGGGAGUGACAAUUGUAUUCAUAUUAAUUUUUCUUUUUACCUGGUACUUAUGGGAAGCUCCUGGAACUUCCCUAAAUAGCACUCAUGUUCCACCCACUUCAUCCCAAGGUGUCACCCAACCACAUGCUAGAGUAAAAACGUAGAGUAGGCUAUUAUACACAAA